CCACCAAAUUAACUCAUCAUCUUCUGCAAACAAUCAACAUUCAACAGUCGGCAGUUCUGUUUUGAUCGACUAGUCAGGUAGUAGUACGUCAGAGUACAAGCAGAUACAGCGUGCAGCCAAAGUAAACACUAAAGAUGGUUGGUGGAUUUCCGUUAUGCGUGCAGUGUGGGACAAAGAGUAACCCUUGCCGGUGCAAGGUGGUUGGUCCGACGGUCGGGUUCAUAGCAUUUGCGGCGGCGGCCAUUGUGGAGUGGCCGGUGGGGGCGGUGGUAUAUUUGUUCCGCCACAUGAAAGGCCGCCGCAUCAUGGCUCACCCCGCCACCGUCGUUUAUCCAAGGGUUAAUAGAGCCAUUCCUAUUUAAGUAUUUCACUACGUAUGUAACAACUGUAUCUUCAUGAUGUUUUAAAUAAAGUUUGUAUACCAAGAAACUUUUAUACAAAAAUCUUGGGACUUUUUAUUUCA